UGAGAUAAGGUAACUUCUGUUCUGAUAGCUACUCUCCUCCAACAUGUCGCAUAAAACGGCAAAAAUCCAAGAUGUAAAAUUUGAUGAAGCUAUGGAAAUUGCUGGAUAUGGCAAAUUCAGUAUGUAUAUCAUAUUUCUCUCUGGACUAACAAUAUCAAUAUCCCUCUUGGGUUCUGUGGAUAUCUCAUACCUAUUGCCAGCUGCUGAAUGUGACUUCAAACUUUCUUCAGGAGACAAAGGACUUCUCAGUUCUGCAUAUUUCAUAGGAACAAUAUCUGCAGCCCAUCUCUCUGGUUUCCUGGCAGACACACUGGGCCGAAGAUAUGUUCUAGUGAGAGGACUUUCACUCAAUGUACUCGUCUACAUUUUAACUUCUUUGGCUCCAAAUUUUUGGACGUUCUUCUUCCUCAAAGUUCUUUCAGGUGCUUUGACCUGUCCAACUAUGAUAGCUACUUUUCCUUUCUUGGGAGAGUUCAUCCCAUCCAAAAAGAGGUAUCAAGCUCUUCUCAUCACAACAUCUCUGAGCAAUCUGAGUGUGCUCUACUCUGCCUUAAUAGGAUGGGUGACUCUGAGAGGAACUUGGAAGAUCGACCUUUGGUUCAUCACAUAUUCACCUUGGCGAUUGUUCUAUCUUCUGUGUGGCAUGCCGAGCUUGAUCUCUUCAGUUCUUUUCUUUUUAACUCCAGAGAGUCCAAAGUUUCUGCUCACUAGAGGCAAGAAAGGAGAUACUAUGAAAAUCCUUCAGAGAGUUCAUUCAAUCAAUUCAGGGAAGUUGCCUGAAAGCUAUCCGAUAGAAUCAGUCACCAUGGACGCUGAUGAUUUUACCCCUCCGUCUGUACAAGGCAAGGGUGCAGCAGCUCUGUUCAAACAUAUCUGUGACCAAACACUUCCACUCUUUAAGCCACCUUUCUUCAGAAGCCUAAUUCUUUGCAUCAUAAUGUUGUUCACAAUAUGUUUGUGUGUAAACUCAAUAUUUUUAUGGCUGCCUGAGGUGACAAAUCGGAUAGCACAGUUCAAGCAGGAGCAUCAGGGCAGUUUCUAUAUUUGUGAGAUGGUGACAAGAGACUCUGUUAAUGCCACUGCAGAAGCAAACACUGCUGAAUGUACAGCAACAAUAAAUACAGCUGUUUUUGUACCCAAUGUCCUCAUAUCAUUGGUACAGCCUGUUGUAAUGCUGAUUGCAAGUGUUAUUGUACCCUGUUUCGACAGAAGACUGGUAUUAGGUGUUCUUGUCAUUUGUUGCAGUGGUAUGGCAUUCCUUAUCACUUGGGUUCCAGUCGCCGCCAUUAUUAUUAUUUUGCUUGGUGGCAUCCCCAUCCUAUCUGGGAUUUGCUAUAAUGUACUCACUGGUAUCAUCAUUGAGUUAUUCCCCACCUAUAUCAGAGCCAUGGCAGUUUCGCUGAACAUGAUCUGUGGUAGGCUGGGUGGCAUCACGGGCUCCCAACUGUUCAGCCAGCUGAUAGACUUGCACUGUUCUCUUUUGUUCAAACUUAUUUCUGGAUUUAUGCUGUCCUGUGCUGUUGUUCCAUUCUUUUUCAAAUUGAAGAAAGAGCCGCCUGAAGAACCUUCUGAAAGAGAAAAUCGCACCUAGAUCGCUGCAGUCUGUGAUAUGAACAACACAUCCUGGGAUCUAGGAUUAGGGGCUCAAGUGGGGUCUCAAGUAAUAAAAUUAUCAAAUUAAGUUGGAGAGUAUUGAAACAAACUGAAUGUAAUAUUGUUUUUAGAAUGAAUAAAAUUCUUGCAAAAUCC